AUGGCUCGCUCAACAGUGCCCGCCAUACCGCAACACCGCACCGCCAGUACGGCCACCACCUCUAGACAGAAUGCACUCCCGCCUUCCCCCACAAACACCGCCUACAGCCGCCGGGGUGGGCGUUCCAACUCUGUAGUGACUUCUGUCCGCCGCCAUGGGAUCUCCCGCCCACCCACUAGAGCCUCGACCCAUGCCGAUGACAGCCCCCCAUUCGUCGUCGCUCUUUUACAAGGCAAAGGCAGCGGUAAUGAGAUAGGCGUCGCCGCUAUCUGUCUUCUCACAGGAAAGACUGUCGUCACGCAGAUUGCAGACAAUGCCACUUUCCACAAGACAAUUCAACAUCUCUACUCACAUCCCCCGAGCGCUAUCAUAGUGCCUGACACCAUGCUUCAAGACGACAACAAACAACAGUAUCUCAAGCACGAGAGGAGAACUAUUGGAGAUGGUCUUUUGGUAGAACAGUUGGAAGAAGAGUUCGAGAUCGAGUGCAUGGGCGUUGAAAGAGCGUUGUGGAACAGGGAAACAGGCCGUGACUUUGUGGAGUCUCUAGCAGUGGAUGAUGAGCUCAAAGCCUCAACUCUGAUGGCCGUCGAGGACAAAUUCUACGCUCUCUGUGCGGUUUCGGCUCUUUUCAAGUAUCUGAAGUUGGAGAAAGGUAUCGAGAUCCAAGAGAGAAGCUUGCGCAUCCGAUAUGCAGCAUCAGAAGGAACCAUGUUUAUCGAUGUGGAUACUGCGAGAAGCCUGGAACUGGUCCGAAACGGCUUGACGAACAAGACGACCAACACACUUUUCUCUGUCCUAAACCAUUGCCACACGCCUAUGGGCUCUCGAUUGCUGCGCACCAGCAUCUUGCAACCUGGUAACUUCGUCAAGUUGAUUGAUGACAGGCUUGAUGCCACGCAAGAACUGGUCAAGUGCGGAGACAAGUUGACUAUCAUUCGUUCAAAGUUCGCAUCCGUGGCCCAGCUUGAUCUGGACUCGAUACUUUCCCAGAUAUCUCAGCAGCAACUUCACAUCAUGGAAGUGAACGUCACAGACACCCGCAUAUCUCUCUUGCUCAAUCUGAUGGAGUAUCUUCAAGUGGUACAGGCCCUGCGAGAAGAGCUGGCCAACACUGAAUCCCACAUCCUUCGAUCUAUCGCCAAGGACUUUUCUGGACAGCAGCUGGAUCAAGUCUUCGGUAUCAUCGAUGCUUGUCUUUCGCGAGAGGUCUCCGUCGGUAAAAGCGCAAAAGGUCAGAACUCGAGGAUCUCCAGACUGUUCGCCGUAAGAGCCAGUUUUGCACCUCUACUCGAUGUUGCAAGACAGACAUAUCAGGAGAACUUGCAGGACAUCUACGACUCAACCCACAGCUUCACCUGUCAAGUCGAAAACAAGGGGCGCAACUUCUACUUUACCGUACCUGCCGAUGACAUCGAACACGCUCUUCCCUCGGAGUUCUAUGGGGAAUUACAGCUCAAACGAUGUGCCAAGCUGUCUCAAUCCGAGCAAGAGGUGCUCCUCAUCAGCGGUCAGAUUGUCGCAAACCUCAUAUCAGAAGUCAUGGGUACUCUCAGCGGACUCUAUCAUUGCACAGAAGCUGCGAUGAAACUAUUGACAUUGUCACAAGUCCGACCCGAAUUCAAAGACACCUUAGCGAUACACAGCGGACGCCACCCCAUACUCGACGGGACUCUAGGUACCGGCGAAUGCGUUCCCAACCACGUCUAUGCUUCGAGAGGUUCUGCCAACUUUCAGAUCAUCCAAGGACCAAACAUGUCCGGCAAAAGCACGUAUCUCAGACAGAUCGGUAUACUGACUGUCCAAGCCAUGGUCGGCUGUUUCGUGCCGGCCGAAUAUGCUUGUUUUCCUCUCCCGGACGCUUUGCUGAGCCGGUUGUCCAAUGACGAUUCAAUGGAAAAGUGUCUGUCAACUUUUGCGGCUGAGAUGGCUACUUCAGCAAUGAUACUUGUAGGUCUUGCUACGCCCCGCACUUUGGUCCUCAUCGAUGAACUGGGACGAGGAACGUCCUCCUUGGAAGGGAUGGGUAUUUCGCAUGCCAUUGCAGAAGCUCUGAUCACACGCAAAACUUUGGUCUUCUUUGCAACUCAUUAUCACGACCUGGCGGUAAUCCUCGGAAAUCUCCCUGGAGUGGUCAAGUCACACGAUGCAAGCAAAGAAACCUCCGAGUUCACAUCCACUUUCUCUUACAAAGUUGCCGAAGGAGCAGCACCUCUUUCGCACUACGGCUUGGAGACCGCAAAACUCGCGUCGUUGCCCCAGUCGGUGAUUGAGAGAGCUACGGAGGUUGCGGAGAAGCUGAGUGCUUUGGAAGAGCAAGGUAGAGGACCCUCCAGGUCGAUUUUGGGGGACAUAUUGACGGAAGAUUAG